GUGCGUGUAACUCUCCGGAAACUGUUGGAUGGUUUUUAAGGAGACUACUUGAUCCGUUCCCUCUACUUAAUACAAGAAGAAUCCUCCAUAAAGAUUAACAUCAUUUGUCAAUGAGCGACAUUUAGAGAUGAAUUUGGAAACCUGGAACGCUGGACUGUCCGAAUUCUUGAUUGGGAAUAAUAUAGUGCUGGUUCUUUAUCUGAUUGUUGGAGUUUUCGGAAAUGGUCUUGUUCUUUUCAUCUACGUUGUACGAAUGACUAAAAAGAGCGAUGAUCGUUACUUUAUUCCUUCCCUGGCGGCGAUUGACGUUUGUGCAUGUGUCAUUGGAUCUUCGUACGCACUGGCCCUAAAUCUCCUGCCCGUUAGAUUUCCCGGGGAUUUCCUCUGUCGCAUUUUAUGGUUCUUCAGUCAAGCUUCUACAGUGUCUGGAGGGACCCUACUCCUGGUCAUCGCAAUCCAUCGCUACCUGAAGGUGUGUCGUCCGUUCUCCAAUACCUGGUCGUUGAGGAUCAAAAGACUGGUCAUUUUAGGAACAGUAACUGUUGCUACACUUCUAUCGAUUCCUACAAUUUUCUUGUAUGGGGAGAUACAAGUUGUUAAUGAUCGCUACAGUGAUAACAAUAUUACUUUAGUAGGACACAGAUGUGGCAACAAGGGUGAACCUUGGGCACUUUUAGGAUACAAUAUAUUUUUGUUUGUCUUUGCCGUCUCUGGGGUAGCCAUUAUUACUGUCUGUUAUAUUUCUAUUGCAAAAACCAUCUACAGUAAAGUCAUGAUUUACCGAAAAUCGGUGAGACGAAUAAACACUAUUCCAAAACCUGAAUUGUCAGUCUCAACCAUUUCUGACAUUAAACGAAAAAGUAAAAGUGUUGAAUCUUGCAGUAAUCAUCAACAUGAAGGAAAUGGGGAGUUCCACGAAAAUUCAAUCGAACACGACCAAGAAAAUAGCAAAGAAUUUCAAAAUACUCGCAAAAAAGAAAAGUCAAAUCACAAGAAGAGAAGGUCUCAGGACAUUUUAUUGAAUGCAAACAUUCCAGCGAUGAAGUACCACUUCACACAUUACAGAUACUCGUACAUGUUUAUGACAAUAACCAUUGUGUUUGUGAUCGCUUACUUGCCCCGGAUCAUCAUCAUGUUGCUAGAGUCUAUAUUUGGUAUAGAGUUUUGGAACAAACCGGACUCUGUUAUAAUAGGGUUGAUGUUUUUGUACAGACUGUAUAUUCUUAAUCACGUGGUUAACCCUUUUGUUUAUGGUUUCUUUGAUACCAGAUUUCGACAUGAAGUAAAACUUUUGCUUUGCCGACAUAGGAAGGGGUCUCUUCACCCAGACAGUCAAACUGGCCAACGAGAGUGAAGAAUAGACAGUCAAACAGGCCAAUGAGAGUAAAGAAUAGACAGUCAAACUGGCCAAUGAGAGUAAAGAAUAGACAGUCAAACUGGCCAAUGCAAAGAAAGAAUAGACAGUCAAACAGGCCAAUGAGAGUAAAGAAUAGACAGUUAAACUGGCCAGUGAGAGUAAAGAACAUGAAUAUCAAGGUGGUGUGUUAUGAAUUAUUUCAUUCUUAGAAUAAAAGGACAGAAGUCUGGAAUUCAAAACACAUCCAUAUAUAUAAUAAUAUGAUUUACUAUUAUCCCCCUGGCUAGUUUUCAUGAUGUGAAUUGACACUAACACAAAUUUAUAUCUGGAUUAUGUCACAAUUUUCUCUGUAUAAUUUGAAAUGGUCAUUAAUGUUGAUACACAGCAAAAAGUUUUUGACGUUCUGAGAAUUAAUUAACAUUAGCCUUUGAUGAAGUUAUGGAUAAAAUCCACUAGAUAUCGUGUACAGCAAUGUGUGGUAUAUCUUGUUUCCUUUUUAUGCUGAGGGAGUAUGCAGCUCUUCGUUAGGAAUAUUGUGCUUAAUGUCGUAAAGAAACACGAAAACACGGGAACAGAUUUUGUGCAAA